CUUCAACCUCCCAUCUGAUUUCAAACUCUUUUUCCAAUCCUAGCUCAACCUACCCAAGCACAUCAAGAACACAGCAACCACAGAUAACGCAAGAGAAACACUACCCAGCCCACCAACGAUAAAGAAGCAUACAAUGCGCCGCUUCCAAACGACCACCACCUCUCCACCUUGAACCGAACCGAACUACAAUCCAAACUAAACCAACACCACGACCUCAACCCCAAACCCCCACGCUCACCCCCGAAACAAAAAAGAAAAAAUGACAACCCCCUCCCUCCGCCGCCUAACCCGCGAACAAGCAGACCUGCUCAAAAACCCCGACCCAACCUUCCACGCCGCCCCCAUCAGCCCCUCCAACCUCUACGACUGGCACUUCACGCUGCAAGGCCCGCCCCCACCCUCACCCUACAGCGGCGGGAUCUACCACGGCCGGAUCGUGCUGCCGCCCACGUACCCGCUCCGCCCGCCGUCUUUCCGCUUCCUGACGCCCUCGGGCCGCUUCGAGGUCAAUCGUGAGAUCUGUCUUAGCAUCUCGGGCCAUCAUGAGGAGACAUGGCAGCCUGCUUGGGGGAUUCGGACGGCGUUGAUUGCGUUGCGGAGCUUUAUGGAUGGGGAUGCGCGGGGGCAGGUUGGCGGGUUGGAUGUUGGGGUUGAGGUGCGGAGACGGUAUGCGCUGGAGUCCCGGG